ACUAUUAUACACUUUUCUCAUUCUUAAUUCCAACCUUUUUCUACAAAAAUGAAAUCUUUGAAUAUGAGAAAGGGUGCACUCUUCCUUAUCCUAACCGCAGUUCUCGCUGGAACCAUGCCCGGAAAUAUACUGGGUCAAAACUGUGGCUGUGCAGCUAACGAGUGCUGCAACCGGUGGGGCUUUUGUGGCAUAGGUUGGGGCUAUUGCGGAGCCGGAUCCGGCUGCCAGCAGGGCCCUUGCAUCACUAAUGAUGUUUCGGUGCCUGAUGUGGUUACCCAGGAAUUCUUCAACGGGAUUUUGGGUCAGGCAGAUGCAAACUGUGUGGGGAAGAACUUCUACACCCGGGACGCAUAUCUUCAAGCUCUUAGUUCCUAUUCUAAGUUCUCAAAGUCAGGCACCGCCGACGACGCUAAAAGGGAAAUUGCAGCUUUCUUUGCACAUGUCACUCAUGAAACCAAUAAUUUUUGUUACAUAGAACAGAGAGAUGGAGCCUCCCGGGCCUACUGUGAUGAGACCAACACACAGUAUCCAUGCAACCCUAACAAGGGUUACUAUGGCCGAGGACCACUGCAGCUAACUUGGAACUACAACUAUGGACCGGCCGGGAGCAGCAUUGGGUUUGACGGCUUGAACUCACCGGAAACAGUGGCCAAAGACCCUGUCAUCGCGUUUAAGGCAGCGUUGUGGUAUUGGUUGACCAAUGUUGAGCAGGUGAUAGGGCAAGGGUUUGGAGCUACCAUCAGAGCCAUUAAUGGAGAUCAGGAAUGCGAAGGUAAAAAUCUGAACCUCGUUAAUGAUAGGAUUGAGUACUACACUAAGUAUUGCAACCAAUUUGGCGUUUCCCCUGGGGACAGCCUCACUUGCACUGACGACUCUGGGGGACAACCUACCCAUUUGCGUAUCUGUCUUCACCGCCUUCAGUCACCAACUCUCCUUCCAUCACAGCCGCCCGCACUGUCUCAAAUACUCCUUAGCAAUCGUCGUUCAAACAGCCAUAAUACGUUCGAAAAUCUAGGAAGGUUGCUUCCCCAAAUCCUCCUCCUCCUCUGCAGCCACCGUCUACUACGAGAUUACCACUACAGAUCUAUGUUGCUUGCUGCUCACUCAUCGUCCAUCCUGGACCUGAGGAAGGGGAUUCGUUGUACUUAACCAGAAAAUGGAGCUUUAAGAAGGAUUAAAAAAAAAAAAAAAGAACCGGAAAAGGAGGAAGGCAACCCCAGAUCAAAAAAAUUCUGCUUGUCAGAAACUUGAUAAGGAAGAGAUUAGGGAGGUUAAAAGAGCUAUUGUUUCUUCUGAAGAAUCUACAGUGACCACCAAUUCUUCACAUGCAAAACAAAGGUAUCAAAUUGUGAUUAAAAAACCAUAGCUUCAUAUAAAUUAUGUCAGCUUUCUCUUAUUUUUUUGGCUUUUGUGUUUGUUUUCAAUAUAUGUUAUGGUUUCAGAGUCUGAUUGUUGGUUUGGCUUUUAUAUUAGUUUCUGGUCAUUUUUUAUAUUUUGAUUGCAGCUAUUUUGGUUCUGAAUUAAUUGUAGAUUUAGUU